UUCUUCAGGUCACUAUGGUGAAGUUUGGGAAAUUUCUAGAACAGAUGUCAGCACAUGUUUUGCAGUUAAGACCUGAGUGUAACCAUUGCUGUAUAUGUGGAAGCACAUCUGUUCCUGCCGCUUUCACCACAGCUUUAGAGCUGUUUCCCCAGUUUCAUCAGCUCAACUUCUUUGUUUUGUGUGUGCUGUGUUUGUUACUGUGAAAGAAGAUUUUUCUCUGGACAAAGAGUGAGACGGAAUUCAUGAAAUCAGGAUGUUUGUUCUCACGUCGUUAACUCUGUUGCUCUCUGUGAGAGGCAAUAAUGCAGACACAGGUGCUUCUUUGGAAAGGACAUUCUGUAAAGAUGGAUUCUGUAUCAAACCGAGUGAUGGUGAAAUAAGAGCAGAAGCUGGACUCUGUGUUGUCAUACCGUGCUCUUUCACCACUAGUCCCAGAUUUCAUCCCCAAAAUAUUGUUUGGUUCAAAUGUGAGCCGUCUAAACAAAGAUGCGAUGGUUCAGAUGUGAUAUUCAGCAGGAACACAAAACAAGUCCAACCUGGGUUCAGAGGUAGGGUGUCACUGUUGGAGCCUGAUGUGAGUAAGAAGAACUGCAGUAUCAUCAUCAAGGACCUCACUGCGUCAGACUCUGGAUCAUAUCAAAUCAGAGUUAAUGGUUUUAUAAUGUUUAUGAAGGAAGAUGGAUACACAUUUUCUUCAAGAGCUACUGUCGCUGUUGAAGAUCUGACCCAGAAGCCUGCAGUGAUGAUCCCUCCAUUGACAGAAGGACAGCAAACCACACUGAGCUGCACUGCACCUGGUCUCUGCUCUGGGUCUGUUCCUGAGAUCACCUGGAUGUGGAGAAGAGGAGGAGGAGGAGGAGGAGGAGAGAAUCAUACCUACCUUACAGGGAACAUCACUGCUUUCCAGAUUGAACAUUUGAGUGCUGUAUCCCAAAGACACGUCUCAACCCUAACGUUAAAUCCUUCAUUCACCAAUCACCACAGCACUGAGGUCACCUGUCGGGUCAGCUUUAUAAACAACAUCACAACAGAAGAGACAGUGACUCUUAAAGUGAACUCAUAUCCAAAGAUUCUACAUAGCUCCAAAUGUAAGGUUCAGCGUGAGGUCAUGACCUGUGUAUGCAUCAGUGAUGGGUUUCCUUUACCCACCAUCAAAUGGUCACUGAUGUGGAACCACACCAAAUCCUCUGUCACUACCGCUGUGGCAAACACCACAGCCAACAGCACCCUUGUGUUAAAUGUAAAGGACCACAGCAACAUAGCGGUUCAGUGUGUCAGCAGCAAUGUAGUUGGGGAAGUGAAAAAGAGCCUGACCAUCACAACUUCAGAGAGGGUGGAAGAUCAACACGGGAAACUGCUUCCCUGGGCUGUCACUGCUGUUUCCCUCAUUUUGAAUGUCGCCUUAAUAAUCAGCCUGAUGUUCCUUUGGAAAAAAAGAAAAACAGUGAAACCAAACCAGGAGGACAGAACUUACAUGUCCCUGCAGAAAAAAGACCAGUCUCCAGAGUAUGAUGUUAUCUGCUAACCUCUGAACUAACAAGAGUCAGCUUCCACUGAGCGUAGCAGAAAAUAUUUUAAAUAAAGUCUCACUGAUCUGUUCUGUUUAAUUUAAACAUGUCUUAUUUAAUAGAUUUAAUAGACCUAGAUUUAAUGUGUUAUUUUCUCAUUAUUUAACAUGUACUAUUCACAUCUUUAACUAGAACUUUCCAGUCAAAUGAAUGGUAUUUUUUUAAAUGAUUGUAAAAUGUUUGAGAUGUCAU